UUGUUGGGUUUGGUAACUGGUUACUGCUACUACUACAAAUCAUCAUCAGUAGCUAGCUCAACAACCAUCACACUAGCUAGUAGCUAAUUAAUUGACCUGCAGAGAGAUACUAGUAGUCAGUAGAGGCCUUGACACAGUGGUACAGUGGUGCACAUGCUGUCAAUGUCAUCGUCUAAAUCAUCAUCCAUCAUACUACAUGUCCUCUUCGUUCCUAAAAACUAACCCAAUAAUAAUGCAACAACCAGCCCAUAUACACUGUCCCAUACAUAACACAAGCAGUAGCAGCUAAUCCAUUCCAGGCAGCCUGCUUAUCACAAGCUAUCUAGCUAGCACAUCGGCCGGAACCACGCACGCACAUUCCUUCACGCGGCCGUGAGCCAUGGCCACCACCGCGCCCAUCCUCCCCCUCAUCCUCCUCCUCCUCCUCUCCACGUCGUCCGCCGUCCUGACGACGACGCUGGCGGCGGACGCGGACAGCAACGGCACCACCCACCUGAGCUUGUUCAUGCACGACAUCACGUCGGGCAGCAACCCAACGGCGGUGAAGGUGAUCAAGGGUCCGGGCACCACCCUGACGGCGCCAACACUCGGCAUGACGUUCGGCGACACGACGGUGAUCGACGACCCGGUGACGGCGACCUCGUCGCCGACGUCCGCGGAGCUGGGCCGGAUGCAGGGCAUCUACAUGCUGGCGUCGCAGUCGGGCGCGGCGCUGAUGGUGUGCGCCAACCUGCUGCUCACGUCGGGCGCCCACAACGGGAGCACGCUCGCGCUGAUGGGACGCGACGACACCGGCGAGGAUGUCCGCGAGAUCCCCGUCGUCGGCGGCACCGGCACGUUCCGGAUGGCCACCGGGUACGUGCUGUGGAAGACGCCGGAAGGGAUCAACGGCACCGACGCCACCGUCCAGCUCGAUGUGUAUGUCACCACGGACGGCAACGCCGUCGACGCGCUCGCGCCUGCGUCUGGUGGUGGUGACUCGUCGUCCGGAGGCGGAGGGUCGCCGGGGUCAGGAGGGUCGUCCAAGUCCAGCUCCGGGUCUGCGGCCACGGCGAGGACGAUGACCGCCGGGUGGGUCGUCGCCGCAGUGGUUGGAUCCUCAUGGGUUUGGUGGUGAGCAUGACUGGUGGUGGUGGGGGAGAGUAGUGGGGAGCAGGAGAAUCUUGGACAGCGAUGAUAAUCUGGUUGGAUUGGUCCGAAAGUUAGGUGAGAUGAGAUUGUCGGUGUAUUGGUGGGGUUUGGUGUUGUGUGUAUGGAUGGUUGUUGCAUUGCGCUGCUCAUCAUUUCUACUAGCAGUAGCUUUUUCCUCUGCUACUUGCAAUAUACUCCUAUAUGUGAUUUUUACUA